CCUAAUCUAGGACAAGUCCACCCUAGAUCGGCAAAGUAGUAUAGUGGUGACUGAGUUUGUAUUCCAAGGGUCAUGGUAUCCUAGGCUACUUAUGCUCGGUUGUUAUCUGCUUGAUAUGUUACUUAGCCAGUUCAGUAACUAAAAAUGACCAUAUCGUCCCUCUAUUUCCAUUUAUUCUAUAAUUAUUUAAAGAAAAAUUAAUUUAAUUAUUUUCCCAAUCAAAGACUCCAACUUUGCUAACCCUAACUGGCGCAUCCUACAUCCCAUUGCAUUGCAACCUUCGACUCCAUCCACAUUACAAGACCCAGAUCCUCAAAUUCCACGCAACAACUUUUUACCUUGCUUAACCUUGUAGGUCUCGCUCGAUGGUUGCCUGGCUCAAUUGGAUUUUGCUAGCGGAGAUAUUCGAAUCGCAUUGUCGUUGGAGAGCCCGUCAAGAGUGGGUUCGCUGAGGUGUCGGAAUGGAUGAUUGAUACCCUAAUGCUUCUUAUGUGCUUUUGAUUUCUUGGUUUGCUUCUCCAUUCACAAAGGAUAAGCCCACCACCAACAAACAACCAUUGUUGUUAGGGGAGGACAACUGACUUCCCUUCUUUUCUUUACUAUCAUGGUUACUUCGCUAGCUUCCGCUUCUUUCCCUUCUGAUUGGCUUUUAUUUUAUUUCAUGUCUAGCCACAAUUUAACAGGUAAUGAGGCAUAGAGAUGAAAAUAGGAGCAGUGCCAUUCCUGCUUCUGUCUUUUAUGGUGAUGGACAUCAAAACAAACGGCAAUGGCGGAAGAGAAAGGUACCAGCGACGGUCGUGAAAGGAAGAAAAAAUACUGGAAAGCUAAGAGACGAAGAAGGGCAGUUCACUGAGGAGGACAAAGACGAUGACACAACCUUGGUGAAGGAGAUGACCAUCCAUGAAGAAGCAUCUCAAAUUCCUCCAAUGGUGUAGAGAUUGGUAGAAGCUUUGGGAGGAGGAGAAAAGAGUGUCAUGCCACUUUUGGAGAGCAUUGUUGAUAUAUAUGGAGAGCCCAAGAGAGAAGCUCGAGCAACUUCUGGAGAAAGAGAAGAUUGAGAGCUGAAUGUCUCCUAGUAUCAACUCAACUCUUUGUGGAGAUAAAGAACUCAUCAGAGUAUAAGAAGAGAAGGAGGAUCCUGGUCAUUGCACAAUCAAUUGUCUCAUAGAUGACCAAUAUUUAGAACAAUGAUUAGUGUAUCUUGGUUCUAGCAUCAACAUCCUACCACCUCCACUCUAUGAAGAUAUGGGUCUAGCCGAUAUGGAGUUACAAAGGACAUACGAGGAAGGUAGAUUCCAAGGGUGUCCCCACCUUUCCCAUCAUAUUUUAGGGUAAAUUCAUAUCCUCUAGCAUUAUAAUAGGGACGUUAAUAUACCGACAAUAGAGAUUCACAACAUGAAGCUGUUGCACACAAAUUGCUACAACACUAUCCAAAUACACACACAACACAACAUACUCAAUGUCCAUUUCAUUAUCCAAAUACGACAAGCAACAAAAAAGCUAGAAUGCACCAAAAGAGUGAGAUCCGAACUCGAAACCCAGCCUACAACCAAACCCCCUACGGAGUUCACAACAUCAAUAAACAAACAAUAAUUAAAACCUAACCCUUUCAUACAACGGAACACUACUCUCCUACCCAACCUAGUCUCUGAAAAGAAAACAAAGUCUGGAUUAUUUUAUCUAAAAAGACCUAAAAUAUAAUGGAUGUAAGAGAAGGUCUUAUUCCUCUUAUAUUCCAAGCAAUCAUCUUCAAUUGGAAUCUUGGACCCAUUCACGGCUGGUGAUCUCCACCGAAUCAACCAGAGUCUUUGUUGUCUCAUUUUCUGCAACUCUUGCUUUAUUUACGGUUGUGGGUUAUGGAAGGAGAUCAUCAACCACAUCAGUUGGUCGCUUUCUCCCCAAAAUCAUCUUCAGGAUCGAGAGCACCCACUGUAAAAUCCCCCGUAUCCACGACUCUCUUUUCACCCUGCUGUUGCGCAUCAGAUGUGCCAUUGCUCUUCAGCCGCUGCUCUGACUGCAUAAACUAUUGUUGCAUCCCAGAACCCCCUACUUCCCCGCUUUAGAGCCCUGGAGAGGCGACAUAGCAAUUGUGCCCUGCUUAUCGCGGAGCUCUCUACCUAGAGUCUUGCUAGCACACCCAAGCUCGGUCCACGUCCAGGUGUGGAGAAGCCCCCUCGAGCUAAAUCAUUUGCUUCGACACCCAGGACCAGCCCUCCAAAUUAUGGGGGCCUCUGAACCUCCAUCAUGUAUAUGAUUAAUUACUAUUACGGACUAUUGGGUUUCGAUUAUGAAUUUAGAAUGAUAUAAAUUUUAUAAAUUAGAUGUUGAUUAUGGGUCUAAAAUAUUAAAAAAUUUAAGUCUGAAGGCUAAAGGAACAAAUGAAUCACAUGAGGGGAAUACUUGCAUUCUUAUUAGACUUUUUUUCAAACCAUAUAACAGAACUCAGUUUUUCGUUUGUUUCUUAUGGGUGCAAGCUUUAAAUUUAUAAGUCGAAGCGCACUCGCUAGUCAAUCCUAACAAAGCCAAGUAUAACCUAGCUAGGGAUGCAGUAAAGCGGCCCAGACGUAUUCCAAGUAUCACGGUAUCCUAGGCUACGUAGGCUCAGUCAUUAUCUAGUCAACCUGUUCUUUGGCAGGUGGGCAAUUGACUAUUCCUAAAUGAAAGAUCAAUAGAUAAGAAGAGGUACUCAGGGUAUGCCAUCGCCCUAGACUAGGUCUACUAUGCAAUGUCUGAUAAAUAGGGUUUGUCGAAUGUCGUGAGUGAGCUCUUUUCUGUGGGCUUUCAUGGUUAUCCACACACCAUGUAGUAGAAUCUUGGUCGUCUGCCCUUAAAUCCACCAAGGGGGAUGUACAACGGUGUGGCCUCGGUUUGGAAAAGGGUCGCAAAUGGAUCCUAUUUUAAGAGAGCGUAAAAGUCGAGCUGGACACCAAAUGCACUUGGAACCUCCCUUCCUUUUUCUUCGAAUUGUGGCUCCAUGUAGGAACGAUCUUCCCCUUUCUCGACGCUCUUUUUUUCUCCAAAAUGUGGUCCAUUACCAAAGAACUUGCUUGCUCAUUUGUAUCUCGGGAGCUCUCCAAGAUGAGUCCAUUUUGUUUCUUCAAGUCUUCUUGGCUAGACUCUCCGAUUUUUUUUUCUCUUCAAAAGGUAGGGGAUGAUUGCAAGCAAGUUGUGUACAUGCUUGCUUGACAAUCUCACCUAGUCUCUCGGUUCUUCAGAGUGUCUCCUAUGUUGUUCGUAGUAAAGAAUAGUCAAUAGGAGUGGUGUUUGAGGACACCACAUCGGAGCAUGCUUCAGUGUUAUGAGUGAAUCGUUCCAUCAAAAGCUCCAUUUGGCUUUUUGGCUCCGAGUGUGGAAGAUUUUAUUCGUGAUAUUUGGAAGCUUCUUGUAGUUCCCAAUGGUAUUGUUGUUCUCCUUGGAAGGGGGUUCAUAAAAGAACCUGAACCCUUGACUUCCCCAAUCUUGAUUGUUCUAUGAAGCUUCAGGGUAACCACCCUCGGGUUUUGAAGAGCACCCCACACUUUGAUGAAGUCAUAAGGAUCCACUAUUCAAAAGGUAUAAACAAUAAAAUACUUAAAAGAAGAUCAAACACACACAAACCACCCUUCAGAGAGAAGAGUGGGUGAAAACGAAGCAGAAAAAGGAACAACAUAUUAUUUAAUAUUACAAAUAGUAAAGACAAGAAAUAAAGACUAAACUAACAACCUAACUCUUUCAACUAGUUAUUGUAAUUCCCCGGCAGCGACGCCAAAAACUUGUUGGGUGCAAGCUUUAAAUUUAUAAGUCAAAACUCACACACUAGUCAAUCUUAACAAGGCCAAGUAUAACCUAGCUAGGGAUGCAGUAAAGCGGCUUGGUCGUAUUCCAAGGGUCACAAUACCCUAGGCUACUUAGACUCGGCCAUUAUCUAGAAAACCUAUUUUUUGGCAUGUGGGCAGUUGACGAUUCCUAAAUGAAAGUGUUCAUCUAGUUGAUUUUAAUGUUUCUCUAGCUUUAAUUGUGUUUGGGUAAGUCGCCCUAAUCUUCUCUACUAGCCUACUUGAGCUUCUACGCUGGGUAUGGAGAUUUAGGGUUAGACAGGUAUGUGUGAUCAAGCAAAUUAGGGUUAGAUGUAUGAAUAGGAUCCUAUGGUGGACGAGGCCACCGUACCCUGCCAUAGGAAUGCCUUUCUAGAUAGAACCCGAGAUGAAACCUCGGUGUGGACGGUGGGUAGUACCCAUUGAAAUGAACUAUUGUCUUAAUG